UGAGGCGUGGACCCAGUGGGUGUGCAGCCAAUGGGCUCCGGGCCAGGUGGUGGGAACCUUCAGUGUCCGACUCCUCCCAUUUUGGGUUCGCGUUAGGCCUGGCCGUUAGGGUUUGGGCGGUCCUCCGUCCCUGCUGAAGCGAGGCGGGACUGUUUUUGUUGAGGUGAGGUCUAGUAAAUGGUGAAGUACUUCCCGGCCAGAGGGUACCUGGGUCCGUGGGGUCUCGGUGGCGUGCAGUGGGAGAGGAGUCCGACCCGCGGGGGAACCCAGCCUCGCCAACGGAGCGGGAGGCGUGGAAACCGCAGUCGAGCCGGUGUAACCGAGGCACGGUCGUGGUUGGCCCUCCCGACGGCUCUUUCGGCCCAGCACCCGGGAACGCGGCCGAGCUCUCGGCCGCGUGGAUCCCAGCCCUUGUCACCUCCCUUCUUUCACCCACGUGCAGUCCCGGGCUGGAGAAGGGACUGCGGGCGCUCUGAGUUCUCAGCCCGCAUUCCAGUCUCUUGUCACCCGGUGCACAUCUUCAUGUGAGGUGAUUCCUAAGCAGCUGGGGAACCUGAGGCUGUAAAAAGGGCUGCGGGGAGUGGACUGCAGUCCAAAAUCCAGAAGCAGAAUUUGAUGGUUUAACCACUGACCCAUUUCACAGAAUGUUUCAUGCAUUCAUGGACCGAAAGAUGGAGUUGGUUUUUAUUUUUAAAAUAAUAUUGUCAAUGAUCUGAUACGACUAUAUGUAUUCACUUGAUGAAGAUGCAUGGACUUGUCAUUAAGUUGGACUAGUGAUCAUUUCUGAAAGUUUCUUCAACCACAAUUUCUACUUGAAAAUUCAAGUAUCAAAGAAUAUUUGGUUUAGAGUGGUAUAAUGAUGUAUUUUCUCUGAGUACUGCAAAUUUCAUAGAGACCACAGCUGGAUUCCAGUUAUAUUCUACAAUCAAAGUGAUUCAGUUCUUUGAUAAAGUUAAUUUCGAAGAAUUUUAUGUUUGUAAACAACACCAAAAGAUGGGAGAAAAAAAUGGUGAUGCAAAAACUUUCUGGAUGGAGCUAGAAGAUGAUGGGAAAGUGGAUUUCAUAUUUGAACAAGUGCAAAAUGUGCUGCAGUCACUGAAACGAAAGAUCAAAGAUGGAUCUGCCACAAAUAAAGAAUACAUCCAAGCAAUGAUUCUAGUGAAGGAAGCAACUAUAAAUAAUAAUUCAACUUUGAUAAGGGAUCAUACGUCUGUGACCCAGAAUGCACAGGAAAACAAAUCAAGUUCAUUGCCCUCUACAUCACAUGAAGACUCCUUUCCAGAAGACUAUACCUCUCUAUCUACAGAAAAUAAGGAAAUUCCCCCUCUGGAAAAUAAAGUUGCAGACUUUAGAGAAAAAGAAUCAUCUUCAAAUUUAUCUUACCAAAAGCAUGACUGCUCUAGUGCCUGUCUGAUGAAAAUGCCACUUACCUUCAAGGGAGAAAACCCUCUGCAGCUACCAAUCAAAUGCCACUUCCAAAGACGACAUGCAAAGACAAACUCUCAUUCUUCAGCACUCCACGUGAGUUAUAAAACCCCUUGUGGAAGGAGUCUACGAAACAUGGAGGAAGUUUUUCGUUACCUGCUUGAGACAGAGUGUAACUUUCUAUUUACAGAUAACUUUUCUUUCAAUACCUAUGUUCAGUUGACUCGGAAUUACCCAAGGCAAGAAGAAAUUGUUUCUGAUACGGAUAUUAGCAAUGGAGUGGAAUCAGUGCCCAUUUCUUUCUGUAAUGAAAUUGACAAUAGAAAGCUUCCACAGUUUAAGUACAGAAAGACUAUGUGGCCACGAGCAUAUUAUUUAAACAGCUUUUCCAACAUGUUUACUGAUUCUUGUGACUGUUCUGAGGGCUGCAUAGACAUAACAAAAUGUGCAUGUCUUCAACUGACAGCGAGGAAUGCCAAGACUUGCCCCUUGUUAAGUAGUAAAAUAACCACUGGAUAUAAAUAUAAAAGACUACAGAGACAGAUACCUACUGGCAUUUAUGAAUGCAGCCUGUUGUGCAAAUGUAAUCGACGAAUGUGUCAAAACCGAGUUGUCCAACAUGGACCUCAAGUGAGGCUACAAGUAUUCAAAACUGAGAAGAAGGGAUGGGGAGUACGCUGCCUAGAUGACAUUGACAGAGGGACGUUUGUUUGCAUCUAUUCAGGAAGAUUACUAAGCAGAUCUAACACUGAGAAUUCUGAUGCUAUUGAUGAAAAUGGAAAAGAAGAGAAUAUUAUGAAAAAUAUGUUUUCAAAAAAGAGGAAAAUAGAAGUUGCAGAUUGUGAGGUUGAAGUUAUCCCAUUAGAACUGGAGACAUAUCCUAGAAGUGCUGUGACUGAGGAGUGUCCACCUAAGCUCCAUAAUAAUCCCAAAGAGCCCAUUAUAGAAAUGAAAUGUAACAAUAUUUCAAGAAUUCAGUAUCAUUCAGUCAUUAGAAGUCCUAAAACCAAGACGGCCAGUAUUCAACACAAUGGGGAAAAGAUGGGAUUUACUUCCUCAGAGUCUGUCACCUCAGAAGAUAAUGGUGGAUUUAAACCAACUCAAGUACAUCUGAACUCUAAAGCCAAGGAAAUGAGAGAGGACUCAAGCUCAAACCAAGCUGAAGAUUCUGAAGACAACCCUGUGAUUGAAUCAGAUGUGAUAGAUAUAACUAAAUGUAGAGAAGAAACUCCACCAGGGGGCAGAUGUCACCAAACAGUCACACUGGAUGAUCAGAAUGAGAUUCAAAUACAAAAGCCCCAAGAGGAAAAAUCUCCAGCAUGUCAAAACCAGCAGGUCUUUUGUGAUAAAGAGUUACCAAGUGAAACCAAGAAUGCUUCAUCUGAUUCUCUAAAGAAGUUCAAUAAAGGGAGUGUGUUUUUAUUGGAUGCCACAAAAGAAGGAAAUGUGGGCCGCUUCCUUAAUCAUAGUUGUUGCCCAAAUCUUUUGGUACAGAAUGUUUUUGUAGAAACACAUGACAGAAAUUUUCCAUUGGUGGCGUUCUUCACCAACAGAGUUAAUGCCUGAAAAGGCUAAGGAUGGCAGGCCUCAGCCAGUUCAGUUCAGAGGAUAAAUGAUGCAGAAUGCUACAUCUUUGAGUCCAAACUGCCCCCAACUACCACACCACAUGCCUCAUCACAUUACUGGGUUCCACUGUUUGCAAAACACACUUCCUUCCUUGUGGAUAUUGACAAGUUUCUUCUUACUUAUGAUUUUAGUAGAUUUGAAAUAAAACUUAAGUGAUUAUUCUUAAUAAAAGAGCAUUCCUAAUUGGUUGUUGUUGGAGAGAGAGAGAAAACCAUAUUUUUGAGGAUGGUUAAUGAUGUUAAUAUGAAAAUUGAUAUAAUCAAACUUGGUUCAUUUGGUAGUUAUUCAGGGUAAUUUAUGAUUAUUUUUAAAAUUUCUACUUUCUAGGUAUGUGAAAGCAAGAACAGAACUAACGUGGGAUUAUGGUUAUGAAGCUGGGACUAUGCCUGAAAAAGAAAUAUUCUGCCAAUGUGGGUUUAAUAAGUGUAGGAAAAAAAUAUUAUAAAUCUGUAGCUAGUGCCUGUUCAUGAAAUUAGCUUAUCAAGCUGAAAUUAGAGUCAUGCAAAAGAAACCCCAGUGGUCAGUGGCAUUAAUUUAGGUUAUGAUCCAUCAAGAGAAUUCCUCUCAGUUUACCCUUGUUGGGGGGUCCAUUUGCAUUACUUAGAAACGCUAGGAACAAAAUAAGGACAUUUUCAUAUGCAUAGGGUAUCUCUUUAUUCUUACUGCUGUUCAACUGUACAUGAGUAGGAUGGAAGUGUAUAUUUUAUAUGAAAUACUGCUAUAUAAUUUGUAACUUAUUUGUAAAUUAUAUAUUAAGAAAGACAAAUGUCACAAUUGAUUUCAGCACUUCUUAUUGCUUUUGGAAUUAUCUUUGACUUUCAUGGCCCCAAAGGGCCAAAGCUCACAUCUUUACCUACAAAAUUUAUUUAUGUUUAAUUCCUGGCAAAUAAUUUACCAUUGUGAACCAUAAGGUGGGCAACAGAGCCUGAAGCAUCUGUCGAAAUUCACUUCAUGCAUAUUACUUCCAAGUAUUUUAGUGCUAGUUGGAGAAGCUGUAUCUGGCUCCGUGAAAGUGUCCCAUCAGUCCGUUUGAAUGAGAAGGGGUAGAAGCUCUCCUGUGGGGAAGGUUUUGGCACACUCUUUGCGAUUCAAUUUCUUUUCCACAGAUUCUCUUCACUCCUUCCACAUAAACAUGGACAGGAAAGGAGGGAGUAGAAACUUGGAGGAAUUAGAAUAUUUUUGUUCUAGAUAGAGCCUUAUGAAAAGGAAACUUAGAAAAUAGUCAGACAUGGCUUAUUUAAGCCAGAAGAGAUUGUGCUGGGCAAGAAUUUCACUUAACAAAACAAUUCUACUGAACUGCAAAGUCUGAAACAGACCCUUGGACUCUCCUAGGCAUGAUGUGCAAAUUAUUUUCCUAGAGAAAGUUACUUUGCUCUAGGUUACCUGACCAUGAUUGUCUAGUGGAAAGAGGAUGAGAAUCUCCAAGAGUUAAAACUAAUUUUAUCUAUAACAAAGAUAUACAUUUGGCUGCCAGGAACUUCCCACUAGGAACCAGGAUGGGAAUACUAGCUCAAAAAGGAGUAAUUAAAAGUAGUUCUGGUUUUUGAGGGGUUUUUUUUCUUUUUUUUUUUUUUGAUCUUGAUUCUGGGUUUAGUUUGGUUACCUUUCAAACAAAAAUCUCUUCUAAGUUUGGACCCGAUUAAUUUCUUUAAAAUAUUGAACUAAAUAAAAAUUUAACUUGAAAUUGGUUUAGAGAGUGGGAAACCAAAGAGCUAGGAAAGGGAGCAAAAUAUUAUAACCCAAACAGCCUGUAGACAGAUGAGGAAAGUUGAGAAGUCCAUUUAUUCACAGUAAAGAUGCAGGAAUUUUAGGCAAUGCACUAAAAUAAAGUGAAGACACUUGAUAAGUAUGGAAAAUGUUUUUGUGCAGAAAUCAACAUCUUGAUCUGCUUCAUUCUGUACUGGUUCACAGCUGUCAUCUUCCGUCAGCAUCCUAGAGAUUCCCUUUGUCUUCCCUAUGUCAGGUCUGUUGCCAGUUAAAUCCCGUUAUUUCCCCUUUCCUGGAUUUACUCCCACAUAUUGGUGAAGCACAUCCUCCAGUAGCUUUUGAAAGGGAAAAAUGAGAGGUGAAUAUUUUGAGCCCUUGUAUGUUUGAACAUGUUAUUUUACCCUUACAUUUGAUUGCUAUUUUGGCAGGGUAUGGGUACUCAGUUCGUGAGUAGCUUCCAUACCCAAUUUUGAACACAUCUGCUACAUUCCAGUGUUGCUGCUUUGAAGUCUGAAAAUGUUCUCACCUCUGGCCUUCAGGGUGACUGUUGGAAGUCAGAUAAAGCCGUUCUUUAUCUUUUGUAUACGUGGCCAGUUUUUUUCAAGCUUAUAGCAUUCUCUUUGUCCCAAUGUUCUGUUCCCAGUAAGAGUUAGUUUUCAUACCUCAUACCAGGUGCUUGGUGGGAGGGAUCUUUCAAUCUGAAAACUUUGUUCUUCAGAGAAAUUUUCUUGAACUAUAUUUCUUUAAUGAAAUAGUUCUGUUGUCUGUUAUCUGUUGUCUCUUCCUAUUUAUCUAGACAUUAGACCUCCAGGAUUGGUUCUCUCAUUUUCUUAUCUUUUCUCUUAAUUUCCAGCUUUGUCUUCUUGCUCUACUUUCUGGGAGAUUUCCUCAACUUAAUCUUACAAUUUGCCUAUUGUGUUGGGUUUUUGUUUGGGGGGUUUUUGCGGGGUGGGGAUUGGGUUUUGUUUUGUUCUGGUUAGGUUUUUUUUUUUGGUCUCAUUUUAAAUUUCUAGAGCUCUCUUCUCUGAAUGUUUUUUUCUUCAAUAUCCUAUUUUUGGUUCAUGGUUGCAGUAUCUUAUCUCUUUGAAAAUACUAUUUAUAUAGUGUAACAUACAUACAGGCAUUCAUAUCUAUAUUAUCUUUUUCCUGAAUAUUCUGUGACCUGCAAGGUUUGUUUCUGUGUUUUCCCUGUAUGUGUCCUUUGGUCUUUGUCGUUCAUGUUUUAGGCUUUCCUCAGUUAGUUAGUUAGAUCUUGGCAGUCUGCUCAUUCUUUUUUUUUUUUUUAAAGGAUUUUUUUUAACAUCUUUAUUGGAGUAUAAUUGCUUUACAAUGGUGUGUUAAUUUCUGCUGUAUAACAAAGUGAAUCAGCUAUACAUAUACAUACAUCCCCAUAUCUCCUCCCUCUUGUGUCUCCCUCCCACCCUCCCUAUCCCACCACUCUAGGUGGACGCAAAGCACUGAGCUGAUCUCUCCCUGUGCUAUGCGGCUGCUUCCCACUAGUUAUCUGUUUUACAUUUGGUAGUGUAUGUAUGUUCAUGCUACUCUCACUUCGUCCCAGCUUACCCUUCCCCUCCCUGUGUCCUCAAGUCCAUUCUCUAUGUCUGCAUAGAGGACAGCAUCUUUAUUCCUGUCCUGCCCCUAGGUUCUUCAGAAUCAUUUUUUUUUAGAUUCCAUAUAUGUGUGUUAAGUCUGCUCAUUCUUAAGAGUGGAACACUGAAAAGCUGAGAUUAUAAACUGAGAGCGGGGUAAGGGGCUCUUCAACUGCUUCACCUGACCUAGCUGAGCUCUUCAGUUUCUUAUCCAGUCUCUUUAGGACUUUCUUUCUGGCCUGGCAAGGUGUACUCUUCCAUCUUACUGCUUGAAAGAAAAAAAAACUUUGCUGCCAGAGCGUGCUCUUUUCUCCCGUUUUGCAUCUCCACACUCUUGCUUCUGUAAUCCAUUUGUGUUUGUCAAGACUAUCCAAGUUAUCCUUUUUAAUAUUGUUCUCUUUUCUGUCCCCAGUUUGCCUCCUUUCCUCUCUUUAAAAUCUCAAAAAGCAAGACCUCCAGGAGUUUUCCUUUGAUUAGUUCCUCAGCAAACCACCAGCUAUUACAUGCUGCUUUUACAGAGCAACUUAUUUUUUAACUGUAAUUUAAUUAUAUGCGUUUGUGUUCUCUACAUGUGUAUUCCAUGCACCAAAAACCUUGUCUUGUAUGGUGCUGUGUACCCAAUGGGUGCUAAAUAAAGGCUUGCGACUGCAA